GUGAAAUAAAUCUUCGCGUGUUCUUGAAGAAACUCCAGUUUUAUCCUUUAACAAUGUACAGCCUUCGAAUUCGACACGCAAGACAAGUAGUCUUGGUUUGCAACAACAAAGAGCGAAUUUUGACAGGAGAUUCGAUGAAAAAAUUGGCCAUCGUCGAAGGAGGAGAGGAUGGAGGCGUGUCUAUUGUCGUUAAGGCGGGAAAAAUUGAAUGCAUUGCUUUGGAUCGAAUCAUUGAUCAGAAGUAUGAAAACUGUACUUUUGUAGAAGAAAUAGAUGCUUCUGGGAUGUGUGUGCUACCGGGUGAGUAUGUUGGUGCGUUGGUUAGAUUAUUUACAAAUAAUGAAGAGGAUCCCCCUAAAUAUUAAAUGAGGAAAACCCUCCGCCCCCCUCCCCUCUGCAGGGAAGGAUUAACACCGGGGUUAAUGGGGGGAGAGACCCUUACAUGUAUUUUGUCUCAUCUCUGCACUUGACGCCUUCCCCUUAAUGCUGGUUUUAUUUUUUAUUAGCUUCACCAAAAAACAAACAAACAAACAAACAGAAAGAAUGUUGGCAGGGACUCCACAACAGCUGUGGCCAAUUACAGUAGAGCGAUGGAGUCAGAGUCAUUAUCAAAAGCAUAGGAGUUAACAAUCUAGUGAAAACAACGUUCUGAUUCCACUUUGUCUUGUCACUUUGGCUUUAUCGUUUACGAUCAAAUGAAAACUAGGUUUUCAGAGUUGCAAGCAGAAGCAGAACAACCAAACCAGGCACAAAAUGCGGCAACAUGCAUUGUUAUUGGUUAAUCCUUCUGCCCCUCAUGCUUCUGACUCCGACAAUCUGGUUUUCACUAGAUCGUUAACAACGGAGUCAUAAGCAGAGUAAGAAGAAAUUGGAAACAUUCUGAUUCUUCCGACUCCAUCGCACUUAUUUUUCACAAGGUUAUAAGUGCUCUUACGACUCUGCUUAUGAUUUAGACUCCAACUCCGUCACUAGUGAAAACCAGCCUCUAGGUGAUAAUUUUCACACACUCUUUUGUAUUUUACCUACUCUAUCAUACCUAAUGUUAAAACUGGUCAGUGACAAAUGGUACUUUAGUAUGUUUUCUCCCGUUUUUACUAACAAAUGCAAAUUAACAAAUGCUUUUAAAACAAUCCAGGUCUGGUCGAUGGCCAUACACAUCCCGUGUGGGAGGGCGAUAGAGUCCAUGAAUUUGCCAUGAAGGUAAUGUAACUUGCUUUACAAGAAGUUAAAUUGUUAUACUAACUAUGAAACCUCACUGAAGGCANACAAGGUUAUAAGUGCUCUUACGACUCUGCUUAUGAUUUAGACUCCAACUCCGUCACUAGUGAAAACCAGCCUCUAGGUGAUAAUUUUCACACACUCUUUUGUAUUUUACCUACUCUAUCAUACCUAAUGUUAAAACUGGUCAGUGACAAAUGGUACUUUAGUAUGUUUUCUCCCGUUUUUACUAACAAAUGCAAAUUAACAAAUGCUUUUAAAACAAUCCAGGUCUGGUCGAUGGCCAUACACAUCCCGUGUGGGAGGGCGAUAGAGUCCAUGAAUUUGCCAUGAAGGUAAUGUAACUUGCUUUACAAGAAGUUAAAUUGUUAUACUAACUAUGAAACCUCACUGAAGGCACUGAAAGCUUACUUUAUGACUCAUGAACUGCACUUGACAAACUUGUUUCUUCUUUGCUGCAAAAUUCUGCAGCUUGCAGGGGCAACUUACAUGGACAUUCACAAGGCAGGUGGAGGAAUAGGAUUCACUGUGGAACGUGUACGAAAAGCUUCUGAACAGGAACUUUACACAUCCCUCAGGAAACGCCUGCUUAGAAUGCUGCGAUCAGGGACAACAUUAGUAGAAGCUAAGAGUGGAUAUGGCUUGGAAGUAGAGUCUGAAAUGAAGAUGCUGAGAGUGAUUGAGAGAGCCAAAAAAGAGCUUCCAAUUGAAAUUUCCAGUACAUUCUGUGGUGCACAUUCUGUGCCAAAGUAUGUACUAGGUACCAGACAUUUUAGCUGACCAUUAUUUUUAUGCCCUGUCUACAUUUUUUUGUUUUUGUUUCUCUUUUUGGAAGAUGCAAUUAUAAAAUUGGUGCCUGGAAAGAAAAGCCUUAAUCAUAUUAGGAAUAUUUAAUUAUAGUUACUUUACACAUGUACGUCAUAAAAGUUCAAUUUUAUUGUGUUGACCUUGGAAAAAAGAUAUUUAUAAACACUGAGCUCUUUUUUUACCACAGUGGCUUAACAUUUCACAAGGAUACUAACUUUCUAGUUACAUGACAGUAUACGCAGCCUUUGACAGCUUUUUAAAAACGCUUUCGAUUUGUUUUAGCUAAGGUUUUGUAAAUAAUGGCAGAUUGGUGAAAUAUUGUUAUUUUAUUAUUGCUCUUUUCUAUAGAGGAAGUUCUCCUGAAGAAGCUACAAACAAUGUCAUCAACUGUCAAAUUCCAAAGCUUCAAGAACUAAUGAAAAACAAUGAAUUAACUGUUGAUAAUAUUGAUGUGUUCUGUGAGAAGGGUGUAUUUGGUGUAGAACACACGAGAAAGAUCCUUGAAGCAGGGAAAUCUGCUGGGUUGGCCAUCAAUUUUCAUGGCGAUGAAUUGCAUCCAAUGAAAGCUGCCGAGGUAAACUUAGAGUUCAGCCUCAUUAAUGUUAUGGUGGAGUUUUGAUACAUAGUUUAAAAGUGGUGCAACUGUUUGUCAAUCAUUUGAAAGUCAAGUUAUUUAUUUAUUUAUUAAGUUUGGUUACUUUUGUGACUAAAGUUUGUGAACUUGCUACUAAAUUUUUGUACCUGGUCUCCAAAAAGCAACUAGAUUUUUUUUAUUAUGAGCCCUGAACAUGUAUUCUAUGAAUCAACACCAUGCAGGGCUGAUAGUAUUAUCAGCAACACACCACACAGCUUUCCACAAAGAUUUGAUAGAAUGUUGACACUAUCUCUCUGUCUGUCUGGAUUAAAUACAUGACAUCUGAUUGUAUUCCUUGUUGUCUUUCAAAGCUGAGCUGUUAAUAUACCAGUGGGUGUUUGAAUGUAGCAAUGCCUGAAUUAUAAACAGUUUUGCGUUUGUUUUUGCUAAAUUAUAUUUUGAAAAUUGUCUUAAGUUAGGUGCAGAGGUUGGUGCCAGAGCAAUAAGCCACCUUGAAGAAGUGAGUGAUAAGGGAAUACAAGCCAUGGCUGCUGCUUCUGUUGUCGCUGUACUUCUUCCUACCACUGCGUAUAUUUUACGACUGAAAUGUCCUCCUGCUAGGAAAAUGAUUAAUGCAGGUAAAUUGUUGAGAAAUAAAUAUUAAAGUAUUUGGCGAUCUUUGAUUGCAUUUUCAGCAUGCUUAGGAUACCUAGACGUUUUGUAUGUAUGAUGCUGGCAAUUUAGAAUCAAAGAAACAAUAAAGUGAGAUAUUUUAUUUUAUAUUGAUAAUGACGAUAAUAAUAAUAAUUAUUUAUUAUUUAUUUAUUUAACACUUUAGAUGUCGACUUUAAAAUCCCAGGAUAAUUUAUUAAUGCAUUGGCCAGGGUUGUCAAAGUAGCCGGCUGCUGGGGAAAAUCUCCACCUACUUAGUUAGUAUCGGCCGGCUACUCUGCUUGGCAUUUCUUUACAGAUGGCAUUUUUUAAAUUAACCCAUUCGCCCCUGAACCGCCCGUAACCGCCCGUGCGGAUCCAGGUCCUUUCUACCCAUUGUGACGUCAUCAGUUUUAACGGUCAAGGACAACUUUCUUCACUAACUUGUGCAGAGUGAAGAGAUCUUUCAAACCAUACCAGAAUGAGCACAAUUCAGUCAAGGACACCGGAGAAACAAGCAAAAAACCACGUGACAUUGACCUGAAAAUCUCCAUGAAAAUCUUGUCCCAUUACCCACCUACCUUUCCUUUCGCCUAAUCCUAAGAUCCUAAAAGCUUUCCUAAAAACUCUUCCCACCAAAAUCAAGCCUACUAAAUGCCCAGCAAGAGAAAAAAAAAAUGAGGCAAGAAAAGCAAAAAAAGAAGGGAGGAGAGAAAGCGAAAAGUAAAAGUCAAGACUGCUGUGUCACUUUUAAACCCAAAAACUAUGUCGAAAUUUUGCUUUCUGCGCAUGCCCGAACUUCGCAAGCUGAUAUUUUGCAUCUGGAUCGGAAGACCGCGAAGUGUUCGACCUGUAAACCAGUUUGUGGUAAGUUUUAGCUCUUUAUAGCACGACAGUGACCAGAAAACCACUCGACUAGCUUCAAAACGCGUUUUUCGGCAAAAUCUCUAGGAGCGAAUGGGUUAAAUAUCCCUGGACUGGCCGCUUACUUUGACAACUUAGCCGUCUACUCCAAAACCUUCGGACAACCCUGAUUGACUGACAAUUUUCAACUUCACACAGGUGUUCCAGUUGCUCUUGGUACUGAUUUUAACCCCAAUGCAUUCUGUCUUUCAAUGGUAAGGACAAUUAGUCAUGAUAAUCUUCAUAAUCAAUGAAAAUCAAACCUGAGUCAUUUCUGGUCUCCUAGCCAGUAACCAGUAUAGUCACGGAAAAAUCAUCACACCCAAAUUACAUUGUCUAAGCCUGAGUGAUUUCAUUAAAAAUGUAGGCAAAUGCAUGUGAGAAACUCAAGUGCGUUCUGUGUAGUUUUACAUCCAAGGGAUAUUUUUGUCUCUUCCAGCCUUUAACAAUGCACCUUGCCUGUGUUAAUCUGCGCAUGACAAUGGAGGAGAGUCUGGUAGCUGCAACAAUUAAUGCCGCAGCGUCCCUGGGAAGGGCACACAGCCACGGCUCACUGGAACCUGGAAAAGUGGCAGACAUGCUAGUUAUUGAUGCACCAAGGUAUAUGGGGCUAGUCCCCCAGAGGUGGGGGGUGGGGGGUUGGGGGGGGGGGUCAAUCACUUAUUCGGACCCAAACUUGUCCAUCUUUGUGUUGCCAGGAAUUCAUGUGUGUUCGUGUCUUGAAUCUGCUAUUUUUCUUUUCAGGUGGGAGCACCUUGUCUAUCAACUCGGUGGCCAUGAUGAGAUCAUCAAGUUUGUUAUAAAGAAUGGAAAAAUUGUUUACAGCAGACCUCAUUAGAAUAAAGUACAACUGCCGAAAUACGCUUCAAGUCCUGGGAAUACCGAAUAGCGACAUAACAAGCUAAAGAACGUUGUUGUUAAAAUUCAAAGGACUUUAAAAAAAGGAGAAAUAGACAAUUCCAUUGAAGGUUGCUUUUACGCUGGGAAAAAAUUCAGUUCGUGUCGCAACAAGAUCAUCUGCUGAUGCAAAUAAGCCUAAUUUCAUUCCUAGGAUUGUUGACAGAGAUAAAGUUCAAGGAAAUUUGCCAAGGAACAUCUAGUAUCCUGCAAAAGUGCUUCUGAUGGGGUUUUACUUGAGUGCAUGGUCAUAUUGUGGGAUGUAACCCAUAGUCUCGAGACUAAGAGUGACUUCACUUCUCGGCUCCCUAAGUCGCAUAUACGAAAAAAAAGGUGAUAACGGCAUCUUGCCAGAGCAAGUAAUCGACCAUUCGAGUUCAUUAAUAGAAGACAUAACUGAAACAAUGCUGGUAUUAACCUGUUUCAGUCGUUCAUAUAGUGGAGUGUAGUGCGAAGUUAGAAUGUCAGAGGGCGGGAAAAAUACGGAGGUUUUUCCUUCUCGCAUUAACUCUGCGCUUGUCCCCAC